UUUCCAGAUUCCACGAACAGAUAAUCUCCAAGGUAUCAGGGGAGUUAAAGGGACGGGACUUUAUACCUCCCCCUUCCCUUCCCUAAGCGUCAGUCCCAGGGAAGGGAGGGGACGAAAAGAAGAGACUGGGAGGUGGAAAAGUGGAAGAAGCAGGAAGAGCCGGGUGCUGAGGGGAGCCCCCGGGCGUCGGCCCUCGGGCGAGCUGGCGUCUGGAACCCGCCCUGGAGCUGCGCCCCAAGCUGCAGCGCGCAGUCAGCUCGCCGCCCAGGAGCAGCCGGGACGCGCCGCUGUCGCCCGGGCACGAUCGCGGCGGGCUGGGGACCAGAGCCCCCAGAGCUUCGCUAAGGGGAGGCUGAGUUGAAAUGGAAUUGUACUGGAAAGAGCUCGCUAACUUCUCACAAGAUCAGGAAGUGAAGUGAGAAUGAAAACCAACAGUUGAACCCAUCACACCACGUCCAGGCCAAGCCUGUGGGAUGAUGCUGUUCACACCAAGGCUUUUAAAAUCAACCUACUCUUGGCCAGUGUGAUGCAGAUGCCUUUAAUCCCAGCACUCUGGAGACAGAGGUAUUCAUUUUUCAACUAUAUUAGCCUCUGAAACAAAAAAGAAAUGGACUUUUUAAACUCAUCAGAUCAAAACUUGACCUCCGAGGAACUGUUAAAUGGAAUGCCUUCCAAAAUUCUAGUCUCCCUCACUCUGUCCGGCCUGGCACUGAUGACAACCACUAUCAACUCCCUUGUGAUCGCUGCAAUCAUUGUGACUCGGAAGCUGCACCAUCCAGCCAACUAUUUAAUUUGUUCCCUGGCGGUUACAGAUUUUCUCGUAGCCGUCCUGGUGAUGCCCUUCAGUAUCGUGUACAUUGUGAGAGAGAGCUGGAUUAUGGGACAAGUACUCUGUGACAUUUGGCUGAGUGUUGACAUCAUCUGUUGUACAUGUUCCAUCCUGCAUCUGUCAGCUAUUGCCUUGGAUAGGUACCGAGCAAUCACAGAUGCUGUUGAAUAUGCCAGGAAGAGGACUCCCAAGCAUGCUGGCAUCAUGAUUACAAUAGUGUGGGUUAUAUCGGUGUUCAUCUCUAUGCCUCCUCUCUUCUGGAGGCACCAAGGAACUAGCCGUGAUGAUGAAUGUGUCAUCAAACAUGACCACAUUGUUUCCACAAUUUACUCCACGUUUGGAGCUUUCUACAUCCCACUUGUACUGAUAUUGAUCCUCUACUACAAAAUAUACAAAGCAGCAAGGACACUAUACCACAAGAGGCAAGCAAGUCGGAUGAUGAAGGAAGAGCUGAAUGGCCAAGUCCUUUUGGAGAGCAGUGAGAAGAGUAUUAAACUGGUCUCCACAUCCUAUGUGCUAGAAAAAUCCUUAUCGGAUCCAUCGACAGACUUUGAGAGAAUUCAUAGCACAGUGAAAAGCCCCCGGUCUGAGUUGAGGCAUGAGAAAUCAUGGAGAAGACAGAAAAUCUCAGGCACUAGAGAGCGCAAGGCAGCCACUACCCUAGGACUGAUCCUGGGUGCAUUUGUCAUAUGUUGGCUGCCCUUUUUUGUAAAAGAAUUGGUUGUUAAUGUCUGUGACAAAUGUAAAAUCUCUGAAGAAAUGUCAAAUUUUUUGACAUGGCUUGGUUACCUGAAUUCCCUUAUAAAUCCACUGAUUUAUACCAUCUUCAAUGAAGACUUCAAGAAAGCCUUCCAAAAACUUGUACGAUGUCGAUAUUAGGUUAAAGGAAGUCUAUUUUUAAAGGGUGGAGGUUUUAUUUAUUUGGGGGCAGGAUAACUAAAUGAAUGUAAAGUAAUAAAACAUUUAAAUUUUUAGAGAAAAUAUAUUAAGACUGCUAAAACUGUAAGAGCAUAAAUUUAUUUUUAAUAGCACCAAGAAAUAAGAGUAUUGAUUUGACCAUCAUUCUAGUGUUAUCAAAAUUAGGAAAUAAUUUAUGCAGCUUAUAAAUAAUCUUUUGUCUAUGCAAUAUACCUAAAAAAUAUAACUGGAAAACUAUAUAUACAUGCUAUUAAUUACAGUGCUUUCCAGAUUUAUAUCUUACAACAACUAGAGGAAUUUUCAAUUAACAUAGUUGUGGGGCAUUUCCCCACAAUUCCCCAGAGUUUUCUUGAGUGAGAGCAUCAGGAAAUAUUAGAUAGAAGGAUUUAGAUUGGUGAGAUAAACAGAUAGUAAAUACAGGAUAGCCUCGAGAGGGCCUGGA